AUGGCGUGGAAGAGCAUUGUUGCCGCCCUUUUGGGACUUGGUGCUGCCGAUGCCCUGCGAACAAAGUUCACCGUUAGCCAGCUCCAAGCGAUAGCGGACAGCGCUGCGUCUCGUGAUGUCGACCCGAGUCUGUUGUAUCCGGCCUACAAUCUCAGUGUGCCUAUUGAUCACUUUCACAAUGAUUCGAUAUACGAACCUCAUACCAAUGGCACCUUCAAUCUGAGAUACUGGUUCGAUGCAAGCCACUACCAAGAGGGCGGGCCUGUCAUUGUCCUCCAAAGUGGUGAGGAUAGUGGUGUCGACCGCUUGCCGUAUCUUCAAAAGGGCAUUGUGUCCAUUCUCGCCAAUGCCACUGGUGGACUGGGCGUCAUUCUGGAGCAUCGCUACUAUGGAACGAGUUUCCCCACCCCGGAUCUCAGCACGGAGAAUCUGCGGUUCCUGACGACCGACCAAGCCCUGGCAGACAUGGCGUAUUUUGCAAAGCAUGUCCAGUUCGAGGGGCUGGAGGACUUUGAUCUCUCGCCGUCCAGCGUGCCGUACAUUGCAUACGGAGGAAGCUAUGCGGGUGCUUUUGUUGCCUUCCUGCGCAAGCUGUACCCAGACAUCUACUGGGGCGCCGUCUCGAGUUCUGGCGUGACAGAGGCCAUCUACGACUACUGGCAGUACUACGAGGCGGCCCAGCUGUUUGCCCCUGGGGACUGCGCCACCAACACACAGAAGCUCACCAAUGUCGUCGACAACAUCCUCAUCGGCAAGAACGGGACGGACUAUGUGCAGCAGCUCAAGGACGUCUUUGGGCUCGGCAACGUGACGCGCAGCGAUGACUUUGCCGAUGCCAUCUCGGGCGGGAUUGCUGGGCUGCAGAACACCAACUGGGACCCAGCCGUGAACGACACGACAUACGGCACCUACUGCAACGCCUUGAGCAGCACCACCCUGCUGUACAACAACACCGCCUCCAAGCAGAGCGAGGUGGUUGCGUUACUCCAGGCUGCCGGGUACGGCAACGAGACGGCAGCGCUCACGGGCCCGCUGCUCAACUACAUCGGCUUCGUGAACGAUGAGGUCGUCAGCCCGUGCGCCGAGGAGGGCGUGACGCAGGACGAGUGCCUGACCAACUACAACUCGACCUUCUACGAGCUCGAUGACAUCAGCCAGACCUGGCGAUCCUGGCCGUACCAGUACUGCUUCGAAUGGGGCUACCUCCAGACGGGCUCGGGCGUGCCCAAGGACCAGCUGCCGCUCAUCUCGCGUCUGCUCAACCUCGAGUUCGAGUCGGUCAUAUGUAAGGAGGCCUUCAACAUCACGACCCCCUCAAAAAUUGAGCGCAUCAACCAGUGGGGCGGGUUCAACAUUUCAUACCCGCGCCUUGCCAUCAUUGGCGGGGAGCAUGACCCCUGGCGCCAGGCAACACCGCUUGCCAUUGGACUGCCCGAGAGGAACUCGACGACGGACGAGCCUGUCCACCUGAUCCCAGACGCGGUGCACCACUGGGACGAGAACGGCCUGUUCCCCAACGAGACGACAGCCACCCUCCCACCGGCAACGAUCAAGGAUGUCCACGCAGACGAGGUCCAGUUUGUCAAGGCCUGGGUGGAAGAAUGGAAGCAGGCCAAGAGUAUGGUGGGGGGCGGCAGCGAGGGGCCUGCCUCUUAG